AUGAACUGUGUAGAAGAAAAAGUAUCCAUUCUGCGAGGUUCAUACGUAAUUACUGUUCCUGCAGACUGUUACAUUACGACACCGAAACUCACGUACAAAAAUAAAAAAGGAGUUAUAAUCGAACACCUGAUUUCUUUAGGAGAAAUCAAAGGAGUUAGGUUACCAAGAUUCCUAGUCAAGAAGCUUGUUCUAGAAAAAGUAUCCCUAGACAAGCUACACCAAAUCCAACUACAAGACUCCGAAGAAGAAAGUUUAGAUGUCCACUUCCAGAAAAUCUACUCAAGAUCGUCUUUGGGUAUUAUCUCAGUCGUUGCCCUCUUGGAGAUCAGCUAA